ACAUUGAUAAUUCCUAUUAGAAGGAAGAAGAAAAUUGUGGUUAGAACAUGUGUGGUGUGUAGUUAGUUAAUGGCGGAGACGAUGGCUUUACAGUUCUGUGAAAAUGGCAAAUAUUUUGCCGGAAUUUCAACCGAUGGAAAACUGAAAAUAUGGAAUACAUUAACAAAUUCUUUUGAACAAGAAUUCAUUCCAGACUUUCACUUAACGUCGCCAUGUACGUGUUUACAUUUCAUGGAAACAAACUCACUUAAAUAUAAGGGGGCUUCUCCCAAAAAGAAGAAACGAAAAGACUCUGGGACAAAUUUCGGUCCCAAGAUUGUUUUGGGAACAACUGCAGGUUUAUUGUUGGUAUAUUCAAUUUCAAAAGGGAAUUUAGAAUGUACACUUAAUAGUGAAACUAGUCAAUCACUGAUUUGCUUAUCUUCAGCAAAUUAUAAGGAAAUAUACUCUGGUGCUGAACAAUAUGUAUUCGAGUGGAAUCUUGAGAAAAAAACACUUGUGAGUAAAUGGAAAGCAGGUAAUGAAAAGGUUACUGCAGUUUUGGCGAUUCCAGAUAGCAAACAAGUGAUAACAGCUGCAAAAAAUAUCAGUCUAUGGGAUGUAGAUGCUAAAGAAAUACUUAGAACUUUUACGGGACACAGUUCGGAAGUGACUCUCUUACAUUUUGUGACACCUCAAUCCAAAAGAGAUUCUUAUUUCAUAUCCGGAUCAAAGGAUGACAGACUUUUAAAUUGCUGGAGUUUGAGUGAUGGUUCGAACGAAAAAAAUGCUGUUGCAAGUUUUCUCAUGGAAGAUAUUGUUCAGAAUGUAUCGAUACAUGUUGGAGCUGACGGAUCGACAAAUUUGGCUGCUACUGUAAGAAGUGGUGUAGUGCACAUCUUUCAGCAUACUCUGAAUGGAAAAUGUGGUAAACCAUUGAAGCCAAAAACAACAAUCCAAGUAGUUUCAGAUGCUGGGCAUUCAAAAAAUACUGUUACACCAAUUAGAAUUUUUGGUGCCAUAUACAGGGAUGAUGAUAGCUUGUGUAUAGGCCAUGGCACUGAAAUUGUUUUAACGUUUGAAAAUGUGUCAAUUGUUUCCCCAAAAAGACACCUGUGCUUGGUACGGAAAGAUCCUCGAACAUUAGCGAUAUCCAAACCAGAUGAACAAUCCAAAACAAUAACCCCAAUUGUAGGUAAUGACGUACAUUAUCUAACUUCUCAAACAUCCAGCAUAUCUACCAAAAAAAGAAAAAAUGAUGGUCGAUUAGAGGUACCAAUGGAAAAAAGAUUGGAAAAUCUGGAAUUGAAUAAGGCAGAUGGUGAUUCAAAGAUACCAAAAUCUAAUAAUGUCGCACAAUUGUUGGUUCAGGGGCUGCAUAGUAAGGAUAAAAAUAUAUUGAGAACUGUUCUGUGCAAAAGAGAAGAGAAUGUUAUCAGAAAUACCAUCAAAAGACUGAACAUAACUGUAUUAGUACCUUUGAUACAAGAGUUGAGUGUGUUUAUUGAAGGAAAAACUUUGUCGAGCCAAAUAGGUGCCAUAUGGUUUAAACAUAUUCUACAAAUUCAUGCUGGUAUCCUCAUGUCCAAUCCAGAUCUUUCUGAUCUCUUUGGCUCAACUUUAGGAAGUAUAGCAAGUCGACUAGCUCCACUCACACCACUUAACAUGUUAAAGGGAAGGUUAGAAUUGUUACUACCUCAGGUUGGUGGCAGUUCUCAUGAAGAAAACGAGAAUGAAGAACCAUUGCUUGUAUAUAAUGAUAAAGAAUCUAGUGAUUCUGAAGAAGACGAUAUUGCAAUGGAUGUUCAUAGUGAGAGUGAAAACGAAUGGGAGGAAGACAGUAGUGAAGAAGAUCAUAACGAGGAAAAUGAUGUUGGUUCAGAAAUUGAGUCAGACUCUGACUCAUCGUAAUGUUUUUAUUUUUUUUUUUUACUUGUAUAUAUAAUGAAAAGUUUCAUUGUAAUCAUGUUUUUAAAGUUUGAUAUAUUUGUUGCAUUUUUUGGAAAUCUGAUCAUAUGCAUGUAUGAUAUAUUUACAAGUGUUGUCUUAAUUGAUAUGCCAGAUAUUGUAUAUGUUAAAUAUAUAUUUUAUUUUGGUAAUACAGUUGAUUUAACCAGUAUUUAAAGAAAUUUCUACAGCAAACAUUUUUCUAGGGAUUAGGGGAUGAAAAAAAACAUUUAGAUUUUCAACAACAUUUAUUAUUUAAAUCCCAGCAAUGCUGGUUUUAACAUUUUUCUACUCGUUAUUAAAUUUUUACGUAAGGUUAA